AUCGUCAUACAUAGCAAAUGGUGAAGCGUCCACCAGCGCCAUACCGUUCAGUAACCUUUUAGAGCUCCAAAGCCAGCAAUUUGUCGCCAUGCUCAUCACCCCACGGUAGCAAUGUUGAAUCCUGCAAGGGGCCACGUACGGAGCGCAACGACUGCGAGCUUUGUGCGCCUUGCCAAAACCCGCGCGCAAAGCCGCCGCCUGCGUUCCUCGUGGCUUCUAUCGUCACCAUGGCAGGUUCGACAAAAAACCACGGCCGCCGCCGCUGCCAAAUCCCUUCCGGCACCCGAACCGGCGCACCAGCCGUCACGAGCGAAGAGUCUUGCCCUUCCGUCCGAGGCCCGAUUCAAUGAGAUCGGGGUUCAACAACUAAGCUUGCAUGUCCACAAACAAAUAUUUCCCAAUGGGAGCGAGGUGCCGCCGCAAGAGCUGGUCGACCUCGCGAAGGCCCACCUGGGCCGUCAUGAUCUGCUAGAGAAGAACACCGAUGAAACCCCACCCAUCGCAUUCAAUGUGCCCCCGAUUCACGGAGACACCUUGGACGAACACUUCACCAGGCUUGGUCUUGACUGCGCCGAGCCAUUUUUGACACAAGCCAAACAGUUCGCCAAGGCCAAUGCGCCACCGCGACCGAGAAAAUGGGUUCAGCGCAGUGGGUGGACGAAAUACCACUAUCCGGAAGGCCAGAUAGAGCCUGUCGUUUCCCGGGAUGGCGUUACGACAAUACCUCCUGUCGAUGCGCCUGACGGCAAUAUGGUGGUAGAGCAUGUCGAAGCGCCGGAUGAAGAGCUGUUAUGUUUCGAUACAGAGGUCAUGUGGAAGGAGAGUUCGUAUGCCGUCAUGGCUUGCGCGAUGAGCCCGACAGCUUGGUACGCAUGGCUAUCUCCAUGGUUGCUGGGAGAAUCGGAGUCAGAUAGGCAUUUGAUUCCAUUAGGAGAUCCGACAAAGGCGCGAACUAUCGUCGGUCACAAUAUUGGGUACGACCGGGCUCGAGUCCUCGAAGAAUACAGCCUGGAGCAGUCGCGAAAUAGUUUCCUGGACACCAUGUCGUUACAUGUCGCUGUGAACGGUAUGUGCUCCCAGCAACGACCAACUUGGAUGAAGCACAAGAAGAGCAAGGAGCUGCGAGAUAAGUUUGCCAAGGAGACUGACAAUCUCGAACUGGCAACCCUUCUGUCAAGUGACAACCUUCGAGAAGAGGAGACGGAACUUUGGGUCGAGAGAAGCUCGGUCAACUCUCUUAGGGAUGUCGCAAAGUUUCAUUUGAAUGUCACUCUCGACAAAGCUGCGCGGAAUGAAUUUGGAGAGCUGGACCGAGCCGGCGUUGUGGCCAAGCUAGAUCACUUGCUCGACUACUGUGCUGCUGACGUUGCCAUCACUCACCGCGUGUACAAGAUGGUCUUUCCGAACUUUUUGGAGGUCUGCCCACACCCUGUUAGCUUCGCGGCGCUGAGACAUUUAUCAUCCGUCAUCUUACCUGUCAACAAGUCCUGGGAUGACUAUAUUGCCAAAGCGGACGCGACAUAUCACAAACUCUCAGAUGCAGUUCAGGAACGCCUCAUUAAGUUGACGGAAAAGGCACUCGAGUUCAAGGACGAUGCAGACAAGUGGGAGAACGACCCAUGGAUGAGGCAACUGGAUUGGUCAGGCCAGGAAAUUAAGAUGGUGAAAGGCAAAAAGAAGGACGACCCUCCGAGACCAGCCGCUCGCCAGAAGAAACCCGGAAUGCCUCAGUGGUACAGAGGUCUGUUUCCAAAAAUGGAUGCGCCCAUCAACAUCACAGUACGGACGCGGAUCGCACCUUUGCUUCUACGACUCGCAUGGGACGGAUAUCCCUUGUACUGGUCCGACAAAUACGGUUGGACAUUCCGAGUUCCUCUGUCAAACGCGCAGAAAUAUGCUUCGACCCAACUGGUUCGCUGCGAUAUGAGGGACGAACCUAUCGAGGCCCUGAAGGAGGACCGAGGAGCAUUCUACAUAAAACUACCACAUAAAGACGGCCCAACAGCACGUUGUGCAAAUCCGUUGGCCAAGAGUUACCUACCAUACUUCGAAAAGGGGACGCUGUCAUCCGAGUAUUCUUACGCAAAAGAUGCUCUUGAGAUGAAUGCCUCUUGUUCUUACUGGAUUAGCGCACGUACCAGAAUCAUGUCACAGAUGGUAGUCUACGAGAAGGACAAACUCCCAGGAACGAAGAAGAGGGGCAGAAGGCCUCAGCAUGGUUACAUCCUGCCUCAAGUCAUCCCCAUGGGGACCAUCACCCGCAGGGCCGUCGAAAACACGUGGCUGACUGCCAGCAAUGCCAAAGUCAACAGGGUCGGCUCGGAGUUGAAGUCGAUGGUCAAGGCGCCUCCCGGGUACUGCUUUGUUGGUGCUGAUGUUGAUUCGGAAGAGCUCUGGAUCGCAAGCGUUAUUGGCGACUCGAUAUUCAAGCUCCACGGCGGCAACGCCAUCGGAUUCAUGACUCUGGAGGGCACCAAAGCUGCAGGCACUGAUUUACAUUCCCGGACGGCCGGGAUCUUGGGCAUCACACGUAACGAUGCCAAAGUCUUUAAUUAUGGGCGCAUCUACGGCGCCGGUUUGAAGUUCGCUGCCACACUCUUGCGGCAGUUCAACCCGUCGUUGUCAGAAGCCGAAACUUUAGACAUUGCUGGCAAGCUUUAUGCAACGACCAAGGGCGUGAAGACAACCCGCAAGGCGUUGCACAAGAGGGCUUUCUGGCGCGGGGGUACCGAGUCGUUUGUGUUCAACAAGCUCGAGGAGUUCGCCGACCAGGAGCGUCCACGGACCCCUGUACUGGGCGCCGGUAUUACCGAGGCAUUGAUGGGUCGCUUCAUGAGCAAGGGUGGCUAUCUGACCUCGCGCAUCAACUGGGCUAUUCAGUCCUCUGGCGUUGACUACCUGCACCUGCUGAUUAUUAGCAUGGACUACUUGACACGACGCUUCAACAUUUCGGCUCGUCUUGCCAUCAGCGUCCAUGAUGAGGUUCGAUACCUCGUCCAGAUCAAAGACAAGUACCGUGCGGCUAUGGCAAUGCAGGUUGCCAAUCUUUGGACGAGAGCAAUGUUCGCACAGCAGGUAGGCAUCAACGACUUACCGCAAGCAUGCGCCUACUUCUCGGCCAUCGACAUCGACCAUGUCUUGAGGAAGGAAGUGAACAUGGACUGCAUUACGCCGAGCCACUCUACGCCCAUCCCACACGGAGAGAGCUUGGACAUAAUGCAGCUUCUCAAGAAGGGGGCCGCCGCGUACCUCGACCCCUCAAUCAAACCAGCCAAAUAUGCACCGAAGCUUGACGACAUACCCUACACACCCCGCACCCCCGUCAUGGAAACCCUGAACGCAUCGUCACCCAGUGCAGACUUGUCAUUCCUGAAGGCGCAGAUCACGGCCGACGAUGCCGAACUGCGGGAGAUCCUGCGCCUUCAGAGGAAAGCCGCGGGUGUCGCCUCGGGGGCUUCUACCUCGGGCAUCGUCAAGAAGAAGAGCGCCAGGAACAUAUUGCCCUACAGCGCCCAGCCGCACCUCAUCCCGCACAUGUACGAGCCGUUCGAAAGCGCCAAGUUCGUCACUUCGAAGCAAUCCUUUGGCAACGCCGGCAGUGGCAAGGGCUGGGAAUGGGAGCCGAUGCCGCCAAAACGGGGCGUCGGUCCACGAUUGUAAGAAGACUCAGACAUGUGUGUCCAAAACUUGAACCACGCCCGCGGGAGAAUCGGACCUGAGGGGUUUCUUUUGUAUAUAUUGGUCCAUGAUACUUAUAUGUUGUAUAUAUCGGUCUGCUCUACCGGGGCAUGAUGGUAAACGUGCCCACGCAGUAUCUUAUGUGGAGGUGGGGAGUGGGAAAAAGGUCCUGGAACGAGGGGCGGGGCCAAUCUGUUGGCAAUUUGCUGGGGACGUAUAGGGAGCAUAGUUGGAAGGGCACAGCAGCUCCAAGAGCGUUGCAACAUACCAUGGCUGUAAUUUAGUGUAUACAUAUACUGAAAUACUUAACUGUAAUGUCUUGUAGGAG